AUGGAAUCUGGAAUGGCACCUCUGACGCUGUCCUUCAAGCGCAAGGCCAUCACCGAAACUGCCUCCGCCGCACAUGGGUGCCUUCUCGUCUACCCGGUAAACAAGAAGUUGAAGCAGCGCGUUGCCGUAGGAGACAGCACGGGCCUCUUCAAGGUCUUCUCCGUUGGCAAGCGGCUAGAGCCGGUGGUUGCCUUCGAGACGCCAGAGACCGUUGCGCAGACGGGCGAGAGUGGCGCGGAAAAAGAGAAGAAGGCCAUCACUGCUGCCACGCUCUUCUCGGACCAACUCUUCUACGUCCAGGGCAGCGUCCUGCACGCGUACUCGCGCAAGGGUAAACACUUCUUCACUGUGGACACCAAUGUCACGGAGAAGGUGCACUCGCUAGCCAUCGAAACGCCCUUCAUCUUCUUAGCGGGCGACUUCAUGGUCACCACGAUGAGUGAGAGAAAGGAGCUCGGGUUCUUCUUGGCACCCGAUCGCGUGAACGACAUGUGCGUGUACGUAGUCCCCAGCGCCGUGAUGCGCGACGGCGAGCGUCAACUGGACGACUAUGUGAGCUGCCUGGCAUGCAACGAUCGCGUGCUGCGGUUGGUGCGGGCGAACAAACUCGUGGAGGAGGUCGGCUGCGAGGCUGCCCUCACCACCGUGGUCUACCACAGUGCUCAGCGGCUGCUGUUCUACGGAACGCAGUCGGGCUCCAUCGGCGUCAUGACCGUGGCGGACAACGGUGGCGUGCACAAGGUAGGCGCCCACAUGCCGGAGGGCGCCAGGGGCACCAUCACCAGCCUCGGUUUUGCGGAUGUGAACGCGGAUGGGCAGGAUGAACUCCUUGUCGGGUACGACGACGGCGCCGUGUGCGUCAUGGUCGUGCACCUGAGUCGUUCUGUGAGCAUCACCGGCAUAGACGCCGUGCAGCUCACCCUGGUGUGGGCAGGAAGUGUCGGGGAACGGGUGAUGAGCGUCGGUGGCGGCAUCAUCACGCAUACGGCAGCGCAGCCAGACGUCCUCGUGCACACGUUCAGUGGGCAGGUGGUCGCUUUCACUUUGGAUACCGAUGAACCCAGGGAGGAUACCCAGGCAGCCGCGACCGAGGCAGCGGCGAGGCAGGCAGCGCUCAUUGCAAAGCACGAGGAUACGCAGGGCGAAAUCGAGCAGCUGCGGGCACUCAUUGCGCAGCGCACCAGAGAGCUGAGUGAGGCUCCAGUGCCGCAGAAGGCGGAGGGGGCGCCGGUGCUGACGGUGAGCCCCAGCUUCAAAAUGUCAAUCACCCUCACACCAGUGGAAGCGAUGCCGAUGCUAUCGCUGGUGGUGUCCGCCGAUACCUCGCUGGACGGCAUGCUGGUCCAGUGCAACGCAGCGCUGACCUUUGUGCCCACUGACAACGCCGCGGUGAAGACGCGGGUGGUGGGCGGCGGGGCCGCGUCGACGUCGCCGUCGUCGCAGAGCGCCACCGCGGCGGUAGGACCGUCUACCACCAUUGCCACUGUCACACCUGUGCAGCUGGGCAGCAAGCGCCUGGAGGUGCACAUGUGGGUGGACGAAGGCGUGGCCGACACCCUCCGCGCCACUGUCUACAGUGCGCAGGCUCCACGAACAGCUCAGGUCAAGUACGUUCCCCUCUGCGCUCUUCCCUUGUACGAGCGCGUGCCGAGUGUCGAUACGUCGGUGCUGUCAGGUGACGUGGUGCAGUCUAUGUCGCGCUUGAUCGUGCUGGGGGCCUUUCAGAUGCAAGAUGCUCGAAUGUGGCUGGGGCAGCUUGUGCCCGGCAUGGCGGACGUUCCGCGCCUCGCAGAGGAGCAGCAGCGCUUUGUCUUCGCAAGCCGCUUCUUGGGCUCGGUGCUGACGGUCGACAUCGAGGACGAUCAGGGCGGCGACAAGGGUAGUCGUGCCAUCUUCGGCUGCAACUCUCUCGUCACACUUGCCACCGUUAAGCGGCACAUUGUGCAGGUGUGCGCGGAGCGCGGCCUCAACAUCAGCACCCGGGAGCACAUUCUUUGCCAAACAGUUCUCCACCAACUACAGCAGCUGUACCCACUCAUGUCGAGCAUGUCGAGCAGCCAACGGCGCUGGCAGCUUCUGCGGGGACUGCAUGAGUUGCAGGGGUCCGAGACCAAUCUGGACUUUCUUCCGAACCUCUUCCAGGAGGUGCUGGCGUCCGCGGAGGAGGUGCAGGCGGAGGCAGAGGCGGAGGCACAGCAGGAGGGCUACUUGAAGCGGGCCGUCGCCGCCCUGUACCGCAGUUUUGUUUACUUCAAGGGCCACGCCCCUCUCUUCAGCGAGGCCAUUCGAGUGCAGCUCGAGGCAGCGUCGUGUGGAUUGAACUUCAACCCCGCCGUGCUCGAGAAGAUUAUGUAUCCAGGUGACACGACGCUGCAGGAGGCGGCAGCUGUAGAGGUGGCUGCCUUGUCCACGACCGUACUUGCCUCCAUGAAGCCAGCAGCGUAUGUGCCGCUGACGGCCACGACAAUCGCUCACGUCGCCGGAGACGCUGACGCUGAAUGUUCGGCGCUGGCCGACUCCUCGGGGACCCCGAGCCAUAUCGCACCUUCGCCCUCUCUGCGUGACUAA